UUACAAAAAAGCUCGCACUUCCGCUUCAGACGCGUUGCCACGGAGACGCCAGCGCGUCGCAACACUAGCGCCUGAGGAGAAAAUGCCUCCUCGCUUGAUCUCUUCAACAACGACUGAAAGAAGCAAAACAACAAUAUAAAGAAUUCAAUGUCCUCUGGAGACAGGAUGCAUGUGACCAGACCCAAGUCUUCUAAGGGGCGCAGCAGACCCAUGAUGGCUCAAACUUUGAGUGUGGAUCCACCUUCUCAGCCCUCGUCUCUUUCACCCCAACCUCCAGCUGCCAAGUCCAAUGACAGGUCAAACCAGAGCCUUCGAUCCCGAGCCAUUCUGAGAUGCGGCAGUCAAACAAGUACAGACGUACUCACUGACAGACUCCCGGAUGAGCCUGUCUCACUCAACAAAUACAGAGUUCUGCCAUCCAUAGAGAAAAAAACAGCUACUGACCGGAAGUUCAGUCAAGGUGACAGCAGCCACACGAUAUGUCAACACACGUCACAUGUCCACACAAAGGCCCGGCAGGAUGUGAUGUCAGAGGGGACAGGAAGUGAGACAGAGGACUCAGGUCUGCUGCUUGCUAUCAGAACUCCAUGCGGUCAGAGAUUCAAGUGCAAUUUCCGGCCAACAGACCAGCUCCGGGGGGUCCUAUCAGCCGCAGAGGAGGAAUUCGGGGAGAGGUUUGACAACUGUGUGAUUGAGACUAUGGAUGUACCACGCAGGACUUUUACAAACCUUACAAUGAGCUUGGCUCAAUGUGGUGUCCUAAACAAAUCAGUUUUAUGCAUUUCCCAAGAAGACACAGAUUUAACUUGAAACAUUAAUGUAGGGCAACUUUCUAUGGACACUCGAAUAAAACACAAAAAUACAGAUUUGCUGUCCGAUAAACAUUU